UAAACAAAUGGCACAUAGUAGGUGCUUAGUAACCAGUGUAGUGGGCAGUCCCGGCUGUGCUGUUUUGUAUUCUUCAUAUGAUCGCUGCUAUGGGUGAGGGUUUUGAGACGGGUUUGUAGCACAAGCUGACUGGAUGUCGCCAUCCUCCUGACUCCACCUAGACAAGCUCUGGUAUUACAGAUGUGUGCCACCAUGUUCCCUGACUUAUUUUUGUAGGCCAAACUACUUAGUUAUUCAUUGCUUUACUGGUUUGUGUCUCAUAAAUGAUUAGGAUUUUUAAGCUCUUAACUUUUAUGUAACUUUUCCCUCUGUACUUACAAUUAGGCUUCCCCUUUCUGUGUUUCCACGUUCACGGUUUCCAGCACUGUGUGCCCAGCCUGUUACCUGUACUGAGCCACAAAGGCCGUUUGUUAGGGAAGGCUGGGGGUUGCUUCUGCUCUGCCUGUGCUUGUGAGUCACACUCUGAGUAUUUCUUUGACUUUGGAUUGUGGUUUCUUGAACUAACUGGAGUGAUGUAAAAGAUGAGUCUUGUUAGGCGUUUCCUGUCUUUUCAAAAGUAUUUGAUGUUGAGCUGUAAACAGGUUUUCUCCAAGGAAACGCUCAACAGUCUCACCCAUUAUCUCCUUGGGACUGGAACGCUGAACAGUCUCAGCCAUUUAUCUCUUUGGGACUGGAACUUUCUAUACUUACUAAUCUCAGCUGAUUAUUGAACAGUUACUGUUGUGUGACUGAAAUAGCUGGUGUAUCACCCCCACCCCACUCCUGAGGUUUUGGGGUAGCUCCACCCUUACCCAGGUCUCCACCCUGUGGGCUGAACUUGUCCUCUGUUCUUCUGGCCACUGAGUAUGUGAGUGAUGUACCACGUGUAUGGGUUGCUGGCCAGAGACAAAUUUUAAGGCUUCUCUAUUCAGAACAGUUUAACUGUGACACUGCUUGGCCAAAGGCAUGGUCUGGGGGCCUGUUCAGCUGCCACUAACCAGUUACCGAAAAGACCAGGACACCUUGCUUUCCUGCGAAGGCAGGGGGGCCUCCGAAUUGCCUGUGGCCCACGUGACAGAUCACUUUGCCAGCUGUGUGGAGGAUGGAUUUGAGGGAGACAAGACUGGAGGCAGUAGCCCAGAAGUUUUGCACCGCCCUUAUGGCUGUGAUGCUGAAUCUCAGGCACUGAAUGAAGCCAUCAGGUGGAGCUCCAAGGAGAACUUGCUGGGAGCCACUGAGAGCGACCCUAACCUCUUUGUUGCACUUUAUGACUUUGUGGCAAGUGGUGACAACACACUCAGUAUCACUAAAGGUGAAAAGUUACGAGUCCUUGGAUACAACCAGAAUGGCGAGUGGAGUGAGGUUCGCUCCAAGAAUGGACAGGGUUGGGUACCAAGCAACUACAUCACUCCAGUGAACAGCUUGGAGAAGCAUUCCUGGUACCAUGGACCCGUGUCCCGGAGCGCAGCAGAGUAUCUCCUCAGCAGCCUCAUCAAUGGCAGUUUCCUGGUGCGAGAGAGUGAGAGCAGCCCUGGGCAGCUGUCCAUCUCACUCAGGUAUGAGGGCCGUGUGUAUCACUACAGAAUCAAUACCACCACGGACAGCAAGGUGUACGUGACCGCGGAGAGCCGCUUUAGCACCUUGGCAGAGCUCGUCCACCACCAUUCUACAGUUGCUGACGGGCUCGUGACCACACUGCACUACCCAGCACCCAAGUGUAACAAGCCGACCGUCUACGGUGUGUCUCCCAUCCAUGACAAAUGGGAAAUGGAGCGAACAGAUAUUACCAUGAAGCACAAACUUGGGGGCGGUCAGUAUGGAGAGGUUUAUGUUGGAGUCUGGAAGAAAUACAGCCUUACCGUCGCUGUGAAGACACUGAAGGAAGAUACCAUGGAGGUAGAGGAGUUCCUGAAAGAAGCUGCAGUGAUGAAGGAAAUCAAGCAUCCUAAUUUAGUACAACUGUUAGGUGUGUGUACCCUUGAGCCACCAUUUUACAUUGUGACGGAAUACAUGCCGUAUGGGAAUCUGCUUGAUUAUCUCCGGGAAUGCAACCGCGAGGAGGUGACGGCAGUUGUGCUACUUUACAUGGCCACUCAGAUCUCUUCUGCAAUGGAGUAUUUGGAGAAGAAGAAUUUCAUCCACAGAGACCUUGCUGCACGGAACUGCCUCGUGGGAGAGAACCAUGUGGUGAAAGUGGCUGACUUUGGUUUAAGUAGGCUGAUGACUGGAGAUACCUACACUGCUCAUGCUGGAGCCAAAUUUCCUAUUAAAUGGACAGCACCUGAAAGUCUGGCCUAUAAUACCUUUUCAAUUAAAUCUGACGUUUGGGCUUUUGGAGUACUGUUGUGGGAAAUUGCUACAUAUGGAAUGUCACCAUAUCCAGGUAUUGACCUAUCUCAAGUCUAUGACCUACUGGAAAAAGGAUAUCGAAUGGAACAGCCUGAGGGAUGCCCUCCUAAAGUAUACGAACUCAUGAGAGCAUGCUGGAAGUGGAGCCCUGCCGACAGGCCCUCUUUUGCCGAAACCCAUCAAGCUUUUGAAACAAUGUUCCAUGACUCCAGCAUCUCUGAAGAGGUAGCUGAGGAGCUUGGCAGAGCUGCCUCCUCAUCAUCUGUGGUUCCAUACCUGCCUCGAUUGCCUCUGCUUCCUUCCAAGACACGGACCCUGAAGAAGCAGGGGGAGAACAAAGAGAACAUAGAUGGGGUCCUUGAAGCCUCCGAGAGCCUGGCCUCCAGCUCGGCACCAGCAGGAUUCAUUAGAAGCGCACAGGCCUCCAGUGGGUCCCCAGCUCUGCCUCGAAAGCAAAGAGAUAAGUCACCCAGCAGCCUCUUAGAAGAUGCCAAAGAGACAUGCUUCACCAGGGAUAGGAAGGGAGGCUUCUUCAGCUCCUUCAUGAAAAAGAGAAAUGCCCCCACGCCCCCUAAACGCAGCAGUUCCUUUCGAGAAAUGGAGAAUCAGCCCCACAAGAAAUAUGAACUCACGGGUAACUUCUCAUCUGUUGCUUCUCUACAGCAUGCUGAUGGGUUCUCUUUCACUCCCAGCCAGCAAGAGUCGAAUCUGGUGCCAGCCAAGUGCUAUGGGGGGAGCUUUGCACAGAGGAACCUCUGUAAUGAUGACAGUGGUGGGGGUGGGGGCAGUGGCACUGCUGGGGGCGGGUGGUCUGGCAUCACAGGCUUCUUUACACCUCGCUUAAUCAAAAAGACACUGGGCUUGCGAGCAGGUAAACCCACAGCCAGUGAUGACACUUCCAAGCCUUUUCCAAGGUCCAACUCUACAUCUUCCAUGUCCUCAGGGCUUCCAGAGCAGGAUAGGAUGGCAAUGACCCUUCCCAGGAACUGCCAGAGGUCCAAACUCCAGCUGGAAAGGACAGUGUCCACCUCUUCUCAGCCAGAAGAGAAUGUGGACAGGGCUAAUGACACGCUUCCAAAAAAAUCUGAGGAAGGUGCUGCUCCAGCCAGGGAGAGACCAAAAGCCAAACUCUUGCCCAGAGGAGCCACAGCUCUUCCCCUGAGAGCCCCUGAUGCAGCCAUCACAGAAAGUGACUCUCCAGGGGUAGGGGUGGCUGGAGUGGCAGCUGCCCCCAAAGGCAAGGAAAGGAAUGGUGGGACGCGACUUGGAGUCGCUGGAGUCCCAGAGGAUGGAGAGCAGCCAGGCUGGUCUUCCCCAGCCAAGGCUGUAGCUGUCCUCCCAACCACUCACAACCACAAAGUGCCAGUUCUUAUCUCACCCACUCUGAAACACACUCCAGCUGAUGUGCAGCUCAUUGGCACAGACUCUCAGGGGAAUAAAUUCAAGCUCUUAUCUGAGCAUCAGGUCACAUCCUCUGGAGACAAGGAUCGACCCCGCCGUGUAAAACCAAAGUGUGCCCCACCCCCGCCGCCAGUGAUGAGACUACUGCAGCAUCCGUCCACAUGCUCAGACCCUGAGGAGGAGCCGACGGCCCCACCUGCAGGACAGCACACUCCAGAAACCCAGGAGGGAGGAAAAAAGGCAGCUCCAGGGCCAGUGCCCAGUAGUGGGAAACCUGGGAGGCCCGUGAUGCCUCCACCCCAAGUGCCUUUGCCCACGUCUUCCAUCUCGCCAGCCAAAAUGGCCAAUGGCACAGCAGGUACUAAGGUGGCUCUGAGAAAAACCAAACAGGCAGCUGAGAAAAUCUCAGCUGACAAAAUCAGCAAAGAGGCCCUGCUGGAGUGUGCCGACCUACUGUCCAGUGCAAUCACGGAACCUGUGCCCAACAGCCAACUGGUAGACACUGGGCACCAGCUGCUCGACUACUGCUCAGGGUACGUGGACUGCAUCCCUCAGACUCGCAACAAAUUUGCCUUCCGAGAGGCUGUGAGCAAACUGGAACUUAGCCUACAGGAGCUGCAGGUGUCUUCCACAGCUGCUGGUGUGCCUGGGACAAACCCUGUCCUUAAUAACUUAUUGUCAUGUGUACAGGAAAUUAGUGAUGUGGUGCAGAGGUAGCCAUUGUCAGCCUAGGGGGAAAAGGCACACAUUUCUGAGGGGAGAGGGAAAGGGACUCGUUUUCCUGUGUUCUUGUUUUCAAAAGUGAAAGACUGAUACUUGAGUGCGUUUAUGUGAAGUACCUCAGAUCCCUGAGUUCUCACGUUUACAGGUUCAUCUCAAAAUAGCAAAAAGGAAAUCACAUAAGUAGAUAAGACAUCAAUUUGGUGGAUCAGGGCAGUGUGGACAGAAUUGGAAACUGCACUGGAAACUGCAUCUGUAUACGUCAUAAAAAAGUACAGCCCUCCCUAUCUGGAAUGGCCUGUGGUGAUCCAUUGGGCUGCUCUUAGUUGUUCGGUAUCACGAAACGGGCCUUGACCUGGCAGGUCCUGGGGAUGGUUGUGCUUUAGUUCACCCAACAAAUUUGGGGAACAGAAGAAAGUAAAGUGAGGGAUGUAGCAGGAGUGUUUUACUCAAGGCUGUUGGAAGUGGCUGUUGGUCUUGCUUCCAUGGAUCAUUGCUGCUGUGUCAAGAACUGCAAAUUAGAUUGCUAGAAUACUCAUCUGGGAAACAUGGCCCUUUCAAUCUGCUUUUGCCCUGCUUGCCAUGGGUGUAUGAGUUGGUGCAGGAAGUACAGAAUACAAGAGAAGUUUAGUCAGAAUGACCCCACCAAAACUCUCGAGGUGAUUAGUAGUCACGUCUCCCCCUCUUCCAGCAUGUUACUUCCUAGUGGGCCAGUGUCCACUCACUGCUUCUUGGUAGCUCUCUGUAAACCAUGGGUGUAGGGGCUGUCUUGGGGGUUCUUCUCUGUCCCUUGCUGGGCAGGCUGUCUUCCUUUAUAUCUGGCAGCAUUCAGGGCAUUACCCAGCAUCAAUGUUGAAAAUAGUGGUCACUACAGGUUCUCAUAGGAGAGACCUCUUGUGCCCCUGAAUACUGACGUAAUGGCCACGUGAGCAGCUAGACAUAAUCUUUUGUUAGAUAAAAUACCAAGCAGAUACAGUACCUUAUUGAAAACUGGCCCAGAGGCCUGAGACUGAGGAGCUUGCUUAAUCCACGUAGCCACUUGGACCUUUACCCUCCUGAUUACCUUAAGCUGAUCUGGGUGGACAGUCGGGGCUUCAACGAGGGCUUGCCUCCACAGUAUUCUCAUGGCCUUUUUCCUUGCUCACACAUUAUCCCCAACCCUUUGUUGCACUUGGAGUUUGUGUUGGAAAUAUAUUUAUUUUGUCCUUUCAUCUCUGUCUAAGAAUGCAUAAUAAUAAGGGGUGGGUUAUUUUCAGGGAGUACCAGUUAGAUCCAGAAACCUAAAGGUUUAACCUACAGGUAGGUUUUGCCCUUGAAAAAUGGGCAUUUCCCUUCCCUAAUUACAGUUAUGGAAGCUAUUUAAUAGAGUAACAUGGAACAGAACAGGUUACAUAUUAUUGAUGUUUUUGGUGCUGGGACUAUUUCCAGUUACUGGUUUUUACUUUGUGAACACCCCUUUUAUUCUUUAGAGAGAACCCAAUACAAAAUGUCCUGAUUUUUUUCCUUCCAAAGGAGUAUUAAUGUGGGAAGAUAGGAAUUCAGCACUGAGCAGUGUUUUCUUCCUGACUGUCACUGAUCUGCUGUCAAGUCACUGCCCAUCUUUUGAUCUAUUAAUUGAAGGCAAUAGCCCACAUUCUCAAGAGUGUUUUGCAGACUAAUACACAGCUUCCUUUGAGAGCUUUUCUCAAAAGCUCUUUACUUAAUGUUUUUAUGUUGGGCAGCUUUUCAUUCUCUUCGCUGAAUCACAAAUAAGAAACUUUAGAACUGCUGUCUUGACAAUAAUUGGACUAGAAUCCUAAGGGGAAACUAUUUCAAGUUGCAUUUGGCAUCCUUGACCAAGGAAGAAAUUUAGUUUUCAUUAUAAAGAAAUAAAAUGUGGCUACAUAUCACUGCUGCUCCAGAUAAGGCUCAGGGUAAGAGGAGGCUUGGGGUGGAGGAGAUAGCCCCUGAAGGUUAGUGUUCCCACAGCUGCAUUCUGGCUGCUAGAGAUCAGGUUAAUGCCCCUGUAGUCUCUGAAAGAGAACACUCCCUCCUCCUCCUUUACCACUCUCUGCCAUCGGAUGCACCCAUAAACUUGAAUUUAUUUUAGCAGUUAGUUUUGUACAGGUGGGGAAGAGAAAGCUAAAAUUUGAGGCCAUUAUUAAUGCUGCUUUUAAAGUUUAUCUCUGUCAUAGUGGGAUAUCUUAAGCAAUGGUUGUUUUCAGGUUUGGGUCUUGUUUUGUUUGUUUGUUGUUGGUUUUCCCUUCAGAGUUCUGAAAACAGGCUUGGAGAAACACUACUGAGUCUCUCAGCUCUCUGCUUUUCUCAGUCUGAAGUGCUGAGUCAAGGCCAUGUCGUGCUCACAGAGGAACCUCACUAAAUCCCUGAGUUGAAGUGACUUUUCUCUCAGUUCUGUUACGAGUAGCAUUAGCUGUUGUAGCACAAUUCUCUCUGCAUGAUCAGGAACUGUGGACUUGUCAGGGAUUGAGGUCUCGGGCCAAAGAGGCAUUGUCAGCUUGCUAUGAAAGAAUUAUUUGGGUUUGUCACAUAUCUGCCUGCAAGGGGCCAGCUUAGAAAAGGGGAGAGAGAAAAAAAAAAAAAAACAGCAAAUUAUAAGGUUUGAAUCUAGAGAAAACUACUUUUAGAAACUAAAAAUGUAAUCUCUUGUAUAGCCUAAAAACAAAGCAGAUGGCAAGAGAAAAGGUUCAGGGUGUCUGGCAGUUCCUCAAGCCGUUAGAUCUAUGCAUAUCUUUGGAUUGUCACAGCUUGAUUACUUUCAUAUAAAAGUCUUGUGAUUUUAGUUGGAUUUCCCACCUUCAAAUGCAAUGUUCUAUAUAGAAUAUGUUCUAAUUAUGCUUUAUAGGAAGCGUUUUUUCAAACUUUGGGUACAAUUAUAUUUCACAUUUUCAGGUGAUUCUCAUCAUGACGUUCACAGAGAGACCUUAAAAUUGGCCCUUUGUAAAAGAUGUGUUUUGCAAUGACUUGAACUGAAUUGAGCAUGAUACACCAAGUUUUGAUCUGUCAUGUAAGAACCUGAUUUGGUCAUUUUCACGAUGGCCCCUGUAUAAGGUGUGUGGUGCACAGUGGGAACUCCAUGGGUGUUAACUGCUAGUGAUAACUCCUGACGCAGAAGCACACAUUAACCCUCCAGAGGUUUUUUAAAGGAAAACUGGUGAAUUAGCCCAACUCUCUAUUGGAAUUUGUGGUGGGGUGAGACUAGCAAGUGUGUUUCCCAGAGCUUAUCCAGGUUUCACACACUCAUCACUGACAGAAGAUGAGGCUGGGAAUAUUAGCUGUCACUAGUCCAUGUCUUGGAGCAGUCAGUGGCAGAGCUGAGGCUAGAAUGCAGGAGCCCUGACACAGCAGCGUCGCUCCACACCUGCUGCCUUGUGGGAUGCUCAGCUAGACAAUCUGUAUACUUGGUGCCGCACACUUCUAAAGCACAGGCUCUGGCAGGCCCUGGCCAGGAGGGGCUUGGAUGUUCAGUAAUGGCAGUGUAGCUGGACAAGCCAUCAGUAGAACUUGGUUUUGAGGAGAACAUAGCACCAUUCUUCCAGACCUCAGCCACACAGAAAUCUGCACUUUGUAGUUGAAGAAUACCAGCUUCAGUUGUUUAAAAACAAAAAAGAAAAGAAAAAAAAAAAAAAAACAGUCCUACAUUCCUUUUUGUUCAAAAAUAAAUCUGUCGUUUGGUGUCAUUUUAAUGACUGUGAGAUAGUGUGUCUGAAAGCACCUUGAGAAAUCAAAUGCAAAUCAGCUGUACAGUUGUAUUACGAAUGUCUGUACAGGGUGACCCAGCUUGGAGCUGCAGCUAGAGAAUCACCUCCAUAGUUUGUUGCGAAGGUACAUAUGAAACUGCUAAAUGAGUAUGUGAAGAUCCUGCAAAUGUUUGCUAACAGUUCAGAGCUAAGGACCUUCAGAACAUUAGGGACCAAUUCCUUGGUUUAAUUCUCAUCUUUAAAGUAGUCAGGUGACAGCAUGUGAUCAACAGUAACAACAGUAAUGCAAGAGAGCCAAGCUCAGACCAGCCAGGCUGCAGAGUGAGACUGGAGGAGGGCUUGCUCCCCUUGGAGCCUGGCGGCUCUCCCAGGCCCUGGACGGGAAGAUGAAGGCCCUCUUUUUCUUGAGCACUCGUCUACUGCACACAUGCUGGGCUCUUGGCGUCCUUGCCAUGGUAGGAGCAGACUCAUUUCCCAUUGGUGUUGACAGCAUCUUUUUAAAACAUGCCUUGGGGGCUUGGAGGGGUUAGGGGAAGAAGACUGAUGUACUUGGAGAAUUUCUAGAAUUUUCUGUCGGUUAUAAACAACAUUGGCAUUUAUCAUCUCCUUAAAAAGUAACUGAGCUUAAGUCACCUAUUAGUUCUAAUAUGAUAGUAUGAUAGUUAAUAACCUAUCCUACGCUCAGGUAGAUCAUGUGGAGAUGACUUACAUCAGGCUGCACUCUAUAUUCUGACCACCCUGUAUUUUUCUAGUAAAUCAUGCGGAGGCAGCUUACAUACAGCUGCACUCUACUCUGACCUCUCCGUGUUUUUCUGCCUUUGCUAGUGAUAUCAUUGUCAUCAUUAGGCCGUAUCUUCCUUCAGGGGAGUUGGUAUGGGGUUGAGAGUCGUCUUUAUUUCUGUUCUUAGUGAUCUUGCAUGCAUUAACUUGCUUCAUCUGAAUCUGGGAUCCAUCUUUUUGCCCUUAGCAUCUGCUAUGGCCAGUACUUUUUAUAUUUCCUGUCAACUGCCUUAGCUUCAUCAAGCCAGUAGCCCAGUUCUUUGAAAUUGCCUGUUUCUGUUUGGGUGUUGUAGGCAUGCAGAAGCCUAGAGUAAGGCAGCUCCAAGGGACCCUGCACACAAACUGGCUGAGGCAGUCCAAGGGUUCCUGUGGCUCCCAUGCUGCCGUUGCCUCUGAGGCAGAGAGGUGAGGCUUCUAAAAUUUGGCCUACUUCUUAAGUUUUAUGCAUGGAGUUCCAGUUUUUCCAGCAUAUUGGGUCAGUAGUGCUUUGAGCAGUGGCUCCUGUCUCCUGUGCUGGUCAGCAGAGCACAGUGGCCCAGCUUCACUGCUAUUGCCUGUGAUCCUGCUACUGAGGAGGCUGGCAUGACUCACCCUGCUCUCAAGCGCUGGCAGCUGACUCUUGUGGCUCCAGCUUGUUUUUAUAAGGCUGCUACUUGUGUGUGAUAAAUUUCCUUUUGGACUAGCUUCCCAGGUGCCAUGGGAGGACCCUGGAUAAGGUGUGGGGCAGUUUAUCUUGAUUAGAAGCUGCCAGAAGUCAUCCUCAGGAUUGUACCUUCAAAGAUGGGUCCUGAGUGUUGCUGGGAGAAAUACUUGCCUGCUGGGUUGGUGUGCAUAACUAUUGAACUAGAGCUGUUGAAACAAGCCUCACCAGGGUUCAAAGUCCCUAUUGGUUCAGACCCCCACUCAUCUCUGCACAGGAGAUGCCAACUGGCAGCUUGCUGCUGCGCCUUUCUCAGCCCUGUGUGAUGAGCUGAGGGAAGGAAGCCCCUUUUGGACCUGCCCUUCCCUCCUCACACACUCCCUUAGCUCCGUGUACACCUGUAAACCUGAGGCUGUUUACAUCUCCUGGAUAAUAAUAUUCUCAUUUCCCUGUCGCUGUAAACCUGAACACAGUAGCAGAACCCUGGUAGCCAGAAAGGACAGGUGAGUGGCACACUGAGUGGGUCUGCAAAUUUACCGUCAUCUAAGGGUCCUCGGGCAUAGCAUCUUCAGGGAAGAAUAGGGCUGUUCUGCAGGUCCUGAAUUACUCAGCCGUUCCCAGAGUAUGGACCCUAGCCCGUUAGCACAUGGGGGAGACAUUGUCAUACUAACAAGGUAGUGAAAGGAAAUGCUGCGGAUUCUGUGGGUGGAGCUCGCUUAGGUUUGCUUCUGAGCCUCUGAAUAGUUUAACAUCUUGUUUUUUGUAACCAUACAAUUUAGGGCACGUGGGACUUAAUAAAAAUUUCUCAUACGUAGGUUCCUAGUUUUCAGCAGUUAUAAAACAACAAGUUUAUUGUUGAGUCAGAAUAGUGCUGCAGAGGGCUGCAGUGCUCCAGAACCAUUAGUUCCCACAUUAUGUUUGGUAUUCUUAAGGACCCAUGCUAUGCAUUGGGAAUGGCAAGAAUGCUGAUGGUCAGGGCCACAUGAACGAGCAUUCUUGAUCUCCAUGGCCAGCUUCCACUAUGCCACCUGACCUCCAUCUUGAGAAAUGGCCUUCAGGGAAAAUGAGUAUUCAGAAAUUAAAGAGAAGGUGAGGUUCUCUCUGCAGCUCCUUAUCACCUGUGGUGUGGUGAGCAUGCCGCCUUGAGCAGCUCCCUGAGCACACUGCCCACACAGACCCAUACUUUGUAGCCCCUGCACUUCCUCCCCUUUGCAGUCUGGUUCUGUCGUGACUAUCAGUGGAGAAACGCCGAUUUGUGCUUGCUUGGUAAAAGUAAAUACAAACAUUUUGUGGUUGAUAGAACUUUGUCCUGAAACUUGCUAAUUCAGACUCUUUAAAACUAAUGUUUAUACCAAAGGUUACACUGCAGGCGAAGGUGGUGCACAGAGGGUGAUGCCCACAGUGGGCGCUGUGUGCCUUGCUAAGGGGACACAGUGCCCAGUGAGACCAUAUGGGAUUUGACUAAAACACAUCAGUCUUGGGUCACACUACCACUGUUGUCAAGUAUUUGUUCUUAAUUGUUCUUGUAAUAUAUUUUCAGUUGUUUUUCUAAUUUAAUUCUCUCACUCUGUUGUCUGACUGUGAACUGCUAACAGUGUUAAACUUGAUGUAAAUAAAUGAUGCCCUAGGCAGGGACUGCUUCCUGCUGUGUCUCACAAGGUUUGCAAGUUGUGUUUUGUUUUAAAUAAAGGUUGAAAUAUUUUAUCGGCAAAA